AUGCUUCCUUAUCGCGAGUUACUCACGCCUCAGCAGGGCCUUGCAAGAGCAGUAGCAGUUCCAUGUGCAGUUGCUGAGUCAGUCACAGUUGCAAGUAUAUUUACAGAUGCAUGUGCUGUUGCAGUAGCAGAUGCCGUUGCACAUACAGUUUCUGUUGCAGAUGCAUGUGCAGUAGCAGUUGCAGUUGCAUCAGCAGUUGCAUUUUCAAUUGAAGAAUACUACAAAACAAAAACUGCAACAGCACAUGCUAAUGCAACUGCAACUACAACUGCACAUGCAACACUAAAUGCAACUGCAACUGCAAAUGCUACUGCACCAACUAUAGAUGCUCCUGCAACUGCAAAAUCACGUCAAACUGCAAAUGCCACUUUAAUAGCAACUGCACAUGCAAUUGCAGCUGUAACUCCUAAUUCACCUGCAACUGCACAAUCACUUGCAACUAAUAAAACUGCAACAGCUAAUGCAACUGCAACUGCUAUUGUACUUGCCAUUGCGUAUGAAACUUCAACUGAAACAGCAUCUGCAACUAGAAAUGCAACAGCAAAUGUAGCUGCCUGUGCACUUGCAACUGCAACUGCAACUACAAAUGUCACUGCCUUUGAUCAUGCACCUGCAAGCUAUCAUGAACCGGCAAAUGCAACUAAAAAUACACAUACAUCUGCAAUUGCAACUGCAUCUGCAACUAAAAAUGAUCCUUCACUUGCACAUCAAACAGCUACUGCAACAAAAACAGAACCAAGACUUGCACAUGCACCAGCAACUGCUACCGCAACUGCAAAUGCACCUACACGUGCACAUGCAACGGCAACUAAAACUGCAGAGGCAAAUGCACCUAAACCUGCAAUCAACUGUGCAACUAAAACUGCAGAUCCAACACAAAAUCCAGAAGAAACUACACAGUUAACUGCAAUUUUAACUGUAUCUGCAACAGAAGAGUCACUUUCAUCUUUAACUGCACAUAACACGGCUAGUGAAAAGGCAACAGAACCGGCAAUUGUACAUACAUCUUUAACUGCAACCGCAACUGCAAAUUUACCUGGCAAUGAACAUCUUACGGCCAUUGCAACAGCUACUGCACAUGCCACUUCGACUGUAUCUGCAACAGCACAUGCAAAUAAAACUGCUACUUUACUUACAACUUUACAUGCCACUAUAACUGCAAAAAAACAUGAAACUGCAAUUAAAUCUUACAUAUUUCCAGUAGCACAUGCAUCAGCAACUGCAAAUGCAACGGCAUAUUCUACUGCAAAUGCAACUGCAACUACACACGCAACGCUAACUGCACUUGCAGCAACAAAUGAAACUUUAACUGCAGCAGCAGCUGAAACUGCAAAUGCCACUGCACCUAAACCUUCAAAGGCGCCAGCAACUGCCACUUCUACAGCACUUUCAACUACUACUACAUCAGCAACAGCAGUGGCCCCUGCAAUGCUACUGCACAUGCAACUGCAGCAGCAUCUGCAAACCAAUGAGAUUGCAACAGAUAAUUUACCUGCAAUAACCUAUACAACGGUAACUGCAACUGCUCCGACAAAUGCAACUGCUACUUCAACAGUACUUGCCAAUGCACAUUAUCCUACAACAGCACACAAAGCAAAUUCUGCAACUGAAACAGAACCUUUAAAUGCACAUUUAACGGCAACUGCUAAUUUAACUGCAAUUAAAGCUGCAAAGGCAAAGGCACCUGCACCAGCAAUCAACCAUGCAACUAAAACUGCAGAAACUGCAGCUGCAGCAGACCAUGCAACUGCAACUUCUACUGUACUUAUCACUGUACAUGCAAUAACUGCAACUGCACAUGCAUCUGCUACCGCGUAUGUAUCAGCAACUGCGACUGCAACUUCUCCUGCAACUGCGACUACUACUGUAAAUGCAACAGCAACAGCAUAUUUACCUGCAAAAGCCCAAAGAACUGCAAAUACAACUGCAAAGGCAUCUGUACAUUUACUAGCAGUUGCACAUGCAUCGGCAGCUGUUACUGCCACUGCUAAUACACCUGCAACCUACAAUACAACGGCAACUGCAAUUGCAAUUAAACCUUCUACUGUACAUGCACCUACAAUUUCACAUGCUUUCGCGACUGUACUUGCAACUGCAAAUGCAACAGCAACUGCGACAACAACUUCACCUGCAACUGCGACUACUACUGCAAAUGCACAUACUACUGCAAAUGUAAAUGCAACAGCAACUGCAUAUGCAACAACACAUUUGGCUGCUACAGCUUAUGAAACUGCAACUGUUACUGUACUUAAAAGCGUACAUGCAACUACGAAUGCAAUUGCAAAAACAACUGCCACUGCAGCUUUACAUGCACCUGCAACCAAUCAUGACACGGCAACUGCUACUGCGCAUGCAACUGCUACUGCAAAUACAACAGAAACUGCUACUGCAACUACAACUGCUAAUGCCUUUGCACAUGCAACUGAAACCGUCUAUUUAACAGCAACUACAACUGCAAAGGUACGUAAAACUGCAAUUGCCACUGUACUUUCAACCGUACAAGUAUCUACACCUGCCAAUAAAUUUGCUACUAAAACUGCAACAGAAAUUGCAACUGUUACUGCUACCGUACUUGCAACUAAAAAUGCCACUGCAGUAGCAAUUGCACAGUCCAAUACAAAUUCAACUGUCACUGCAACUGCAGAGGCACCGGUAACAAACCAAGCAAUGGCAACUGCUGCUUUAACGGCACAUGCACAUAAAACUGCAAUCGCAACUGUACCUUCUACUGUACAUGCACCUACAUCUGCUAAUUCAUUGGCUACUGCAUCUGCAACAGCAACUGUAACUGCAACUGUUACUGUACUUGGCACUGCAAGUGAUUCUAAAACUGACACUGCAACUGCAGCUGCAAUUGCUACCGCUGCUUUACAUGAACCUUAUAUCGACCGUGCAACGGCAACGACUACUGCACAUGCACUUGCAACUGUACAUGCAACUACAACUGCAACGUCUAGUGCGACUGCAAAAGCAACAACACACGCAAUUGAAACUGCAACUAAACUUUCUGAUGCAACUGCACCUGAACAUGCUACUGCAAAUGCAAGUUCAACUGUAACUUCACAAUUACCUGUAACUGCAAUUGAAUUGAAAACUGCUACUGCCACAGAAAAUGUAGCUGCAAUUUUAACUGCCAAUACAUUUGCCUCUGUAAAUGCAAUAGCUCAUGCCACUGCAACUAGAACAUAA